AUGGACGGCUCGGCUAUCACAUACGCAACGUCCAAGGACUGGCUGGACAUCAUGAAGAAUCGAUCAAAAGUGCGCAUGCACGAGCUGAUCGAGCGUCUUGGGCUGCGCGCAAAAUGGUCGUCCAACAAACGCGGCAAAACAAACUUUGAAUCCGCCCUCGUGCGCGAACUGGUUGCAGACAUGGGUGACGUGGUCUCCACAUUACCAAAAGAGCCGGAUGAGCUGAUGAAGUUUCUGAGCGACGAGGGCAGUCUGAAAGAGGAGGUCGAUGGCUUACUUGAGAAACACGGCGCCAAGGUCUGGGGGAGAGUGGGGGACCGUGAGCAUCUAAUCACAGCAAAUGAACCCGGGGUUGAGGAGGGUCUUUACCCCAGGGAUCUUUACAUCGAGAACGAAGAUGACAGAGCACUGAUCCACAAACUUCUCCAUUGGUGGAUUGGACUGAAAGCAUGCAAUGUCAUUCUUGCGCGCGAACGCCUGGACCGCGAAAGACGAAAGAAGGCGGAGAAUCGACAGGCGCGAGCUGAUGCUGAGUUUUCUGGUCAGCAAGAGGGCGGUACGCCAGCGUCUUUCGUUGCGCUUGCGCCAAAUUCAGUGUUGCACGAUGGCGAUACAGUGUCACGUGGAAGUCCAAUGUCAUCGAGCGCUAUGCUCACGCCUCCAGAAUCUGGAGAGAGCCCUAUUAUGGGACCUCGAGAAGGAGGCGGGUUCACAACUGUCAAUGGCGGUGGGCAUGCGACGAAUGGUAAUGCAGCGUUCACGUCCGCAAAAACACACGAACAGCAGAUCCCACAACAGCCUAAUAGCAUCGUCGAGGGCGUCUGGAAUAAGCUUGCUGCUGAGGCAAACAACUCUCGAUAUCUUAGUACGCUGUCAGGCCCUGCCCACGCCCAAGCCGCACAUUCUACCGAAACCAAAGCAGUGGUACAACAGCAGAUCGCAGACGCGACUCAAGCUGCUGCCGAUCGGCAGGUCAGUGUUCAAAUGGCAGCGCUGGUAGCAAGUUUUCGGUCGGAUGACGGCGUACCAGAAGAGCUGCCACAACCAAACAACAGUAUACCAUAUCGUGGCUUGGACUAUGAUGGGUUGCGGGCGCUACGGCAAUACAUAUACGGAGAAGAGCGUGGUAUUUCGAUGGACGAGGAAGCUCUCCUCAACCAGCUCGAAAGAACGUGGCGAGAAGGCGUUCGAGCCGAUUACAACAGAAUGAUUGAGAAUAUCCCCGUCUUCAUCGCCAGGGAACGAGCGUUCCUAACAUGGGUGGAACUGAAGCGGCAUCUAGCAGCUCUCUUACGAGCAAACGAACGAUGGUCAGCCGAAGGCCACACGGCCGCCGAGAUUGAGCGCCGCAUUCAACAGCACCGCACCCUAAUGGGCUGCACACAAACCAUCAUCGCAAACUUCGAAGACGUUGGCCAGGGCUUCGGUCUCGGUCCUAAUGUCGCUGUCGACCGCGAUGAGCUACUGCGACAAGCUCUCGUGGUAUUGGCUGGAGAGAAGUAUGCAGCGGAAAUGCAGUGGAAGGCUGUAGAUUUUACGCAAGUUGUGGUAUGGUUGCGUGAGCAUUUGGAGAGCUUCCGCAAGGAAGAGGAAGAGGAAGGAAAGGGUAUGCUCUGGUACAUUGGCGAGUCACGACAAUAG